GCAUUCGCUCCAGCUGUUGCACUGGGCUGCCCGGUGGGGGCUUGGGUUUGGCUUGUGCUGGCAAUCCAGUGGAGGAGGUUCUCCCAUCUCUUGGCUGCGCUGUUGGUGGACUCCACGACUGAUACACACCCCAGGACUCAGCUGCUUGCCCAGGCUUGUGGACAGGUUGUGCUCCUUCAGUCCUCAAACACUACCACUCCCAACUGCCUCUUCAGUUCUCAAAGUCUCUCCUUGCCAAAACAAGUGCUCCGUGACAUCACUGUUAUGCAGUACCCCAGCUGGGGACCUUCUCUGAAUUACUCAUAUCAGAUGACAAGCAAUGAUUUUGCUUCCCUUUGCUGUCUGUGCCGAGCUUCCACCCUCACUUAUGCUGGUUUUGAAAGGGAAAAAGUAGUAUUGAAAGGUGGAAAGUUAUCUUGCCUCAGAGGACUGAGCAUGAUGUACAGCCUUUCCACAUUCUUUGGCAGGAUGCUCUGAUGAUCAGCACGUGUCCAUGUGAGUAAGGGAAGAAAAGCAGGAGCUGCCUUUCCACCUGGGAUACGUACAUACAUGUUAUAUAGGUCGUGUCCAUGUACUUCUAAAUACAAAAUGGCAAACAAAAUUUGUUGGUGUACAGCUUAAUACAGAGGGAUUGUAUUAUCUCCUAUGGACUUCUCUUCUUGCUUGUUUUCUUUGAGCUAACUUGUUGGGCUGGCAAGGUGUAGGGAGUUUCUGAGAGUGGUGAGGGAAUCAAUUUAUUUAUGUUUUUUGUUUAUUUGCAACAGCCACCUCCUUGACUCUUGUGUGACAAACUGCUGCCGCAAUCAUUUUUGCAGUUUUGGAAACAGACUCCUUGUGGCAGCAGGAGGGAAGCGGUGGGAUUUCAUGGCAUCCUUAGGAACUAACUGUGAGACCUAGUUUAUUUUAACUGUUCUCUGAGGUGGGUUAUGCUGCCUUGACGUAGGGGUAUUCAUCUCACAGCUGUACAUGGAAGGGAGCAGUCCGCUCUCCAGCCUGAUGUCUCCUGAAGCAGCAAUCCAUUCAAUUUCAUGGUGCAUAUCACAAUAAAUUUGUCUUAAGUCCUUAUCCCUGAAGGUCUUGAUUUUUGAGCUGACCCCAGCAUCAACCAGAGAGAGCCAGGGAGAGGAGCUGGUGGCAAAUCACUGCUUCCUUUGUAAGCUGUCCCAGUGACCAAUAAACCCUGCUGGAGAAUUUUUCAAAUUCCUUGCAGUGUGGCCCCACGCAGGAGCUGCGCUUCUCAUGUCAGUGGCUGGCUGCUGCCUCACACCCUGCCCUGCUCUCAGAGCUGUUUUGUGUGUUUUUUUUUUGUUUGUUUUUAAUUGCAUUUUUGCACUUAGGGUCACUGAGUCAUCAUUUUUUUGCUUUGGAAUGAAUUCUGAAAUCCCGAGUCCCACCAAGCCAUCCCAUCUGUCCAGCUAUGGCAGGGCUGCUAGUGUUUGAGCAGAUGUGACUCUGUUAUACCUUAAGAUCACUCAAAAUGGGGUUGAAUUUGGUAUGAGCUAAGCCUAAAUGAAACCAUGAUUUGCAGGAAUUUUUGUUUUCUGCAACAAUGAGGGCUGAAUGUUUUGGGGGGCUUACCCGCAGGCAGGGAGCAAUGCUUUUCUCAGCCUUGGGCACUGGAGCAGACUCAAAUCCAUGUUAGAGCUCCCAUUGCCGGCUUCUCUAUCCUCAGAGAGGCGGCUGGAGUAGUUUAAAGCACAAAUGUUACCCAUAUACGGAGGUGCUGAGGGUUGGCAGUGCGCAGGGAGGUCUGAAAUCUCCCGGCCAAGUUCAGCGGCUGGCUUGUGUGCCCCCCCACCCCCCCCGCUUCCCACGUUCAUCGUAGCCAGGCCAGCCUUAUGUGCACCGUGGGAUGCUUUGCGUUCCUGUGAGCAUCCCGGGGCAGCCGGCGUCUCCCCCUGCAGCUGCGGGACAGCCAAACGCCAGCAGGGCUGGCGGCUGGAUUGGCUGCGGUGGCCGAAUCUUUCCUUUUUAGGCUGUGCGCCUGCUCCAGCUCAGAGCUUUGCCGCAGCAGUCCUGACUUUAAACCCCUUGUGCUGAGGCUUUGGGAUGGUUCAGGUCCUGGUGUGGGGAGUAUUGCAACGUGGAGACAACCUGCAUGUCCCUGGGAAAAAGGAGGGAUUGAGACAGCUGGGAAUUGUCUCCAGCUGUCAGGGGCACAGCGGGUUUGUGGCCCCACGGUUUGCACCCCCCACACAUGGAAACGGCUUGGUGGCUUUGGGCACAGUCCCCCAUUUUCCCAUGGUGGGACACAGUCAUGCAACCAGCUCCAUGGGGCUGUGGUCCCCCACCUCCACAGGCUGCAUGUAUGGGCACACUGGGGCCUGGCAUCUGUGCUGCCUUCAUCCAGCUUUUUUUUUUCCUCACUCUGCUGUAUGGUUGUGGGGUUUUUUUUUUCGUGUGUGUGUGUGUUUUUUUGGUGUUUUUUUUUUUCCAAAAUGUCAUAUAUGGCAACCUUUUGCCUCAGUGACCUCAUGCUUGGCAGUAGGCCAGGGGACCCAGGCUAGGAUGUGAAGCUGCAGUGGGCUCCCUACUUGAGCUGGGAACACGCAGUGAGAACACUAACAAGUGCACAGCCAGGGUCCAGGGGAAAAAUCCAGCCCAAAUGAGCUGAGGUUUCCCCCAGUGAAGGGGGAUUACCAGGGCAGAGCCACUGAUGUGGGACAUUGUUAGAGGUGUGGGUGAGGUGGCCGUGCCAGGGAGCCACUGCGUCCCCAUUCUGGCCCAUGCAGUGACAGCUCUGAGGCCAGAGGGACUGUCAGGACUCCUGUGUCCGUUUUGGAAGAGUGACUCCGCAGCUCUUGAGUCCUUAUUGCUGCAUCAACAUCUCAGCGUUCCUGCCCUGAGCAUGGGUUGGGACCUGAUGACACAAAGCGAGAGGCAGCACCUGCCUUGACUGCCCUGUGCAUCAGUUUCACCAUUUCCAACCCCAUAACUCUUGGAGGCAGUUCUAGGGUGUCUCCACUGCCUCCUCCCAGCCCCAGGAGCUCGGGGAGAGGCCCCAGUAUGGGACUGCUGCCCUUAAAAAGGCACCAGGGAGUUUAGCAAACACUGGUGGGGCGGGGUGGGAGGCAGGGGCUCAUUGCCUGCCCCAGGGGCAGCCCCUGUGCUGCAAAGGGGCAGGAGACGCAGGGACAGCACCCACACACACACCCCACCCCACCCCUAGGGUGGGCUGUGCUCAUCCUGCUUCUAAACCCUCCUGGGGUGGCUGUGAGGGCUCAGUACACCAAAGGUGUGGGGCUAGGCUUUGAAGAACAGCAUCAGGCUCAACGACAAAGGGAUUUGUGGCCAGGACGUGCAGUGCCAGAGGAACUUUUUAACUACUGGGACGUGGGCAAUGCUACCAGCAAGCUGGUAGAUGCUACCCUGAGCAUCUUUGGCUUUGCACAGAGCUGAGCCUCCCUCCCCCCAGCCGCUAUGGGGCACUGGCACCCCAAAAGCCCAAAGAUGGGAGCAAAAAGAGUGGGAAAAGUCUCAGGGAGGAACAUCUCCCUGGCAUGGGAUGCUGAGGGUGCAAGGGACCAAGUCCAGUGCCUCCUUGGAGGCUGCAAUACACCAGCCCCAUCACCUGGUGUGGUUUUGGUGUCUCAGGCAUGCUAAAUGCACAGCACAACCCCUCCCCCUCCCCCCCCCCCCCCCAGCCACCUCCCUCCCAGGCAGGGUUGGUCCCACCAGGGUCAGAGAGGGCCAAAGGCCAUCAGACGUUGCCCCAUGAACUGGAGGUAAUUCCAUUUCAGUUUUGCUGGAACGUCACUUAUAAGGACUUGUGUCUGGCUUGUUUAUCAAAGCAUAGCAUAAAAGGAACAGACUCACCAAUGGGUUAUUGCCUCCCAAGCAUCCCCACAUAGAUUUUUUUUUUUUUAUAAUAAUUAACUGUGCUGGGUCCUACCAUCAGCCCAAGGUCAAUUUAAUGCAAUAAAACACCUUAUAUGGCCAUAUGGCUAACACACCAUCACUUAGCCUAUUUAGGGUCUUUGUUUAGAGAGGAUCCGCCUCUGAGGUUUCACGGGCUCGCUGGUAUUUAUACCAACGGCACAUCGGGACUUGGUCCCAGAGGAAAGGAGCUCUUGCGUCCGUGCUUUUCCCCCAGGUCCCCCUGAACACCAGCCUCUCCCGACCCCACCAUGUGCGAGGAGGAGACCACUGCUCUGGUCUGUGACAACGGCUCCGGGCUCUGCAAAGCUGGCUUUGCCGGUGAUGACGCCCCUCGAGCCGUCUUCCCCUCCAUCGUGGGGCGGCCUCGGCACCAGGGUGUCAUGGUAGGCAUGGGGCAGAAAGACAGCUACGUGGGUGAUGAGGCGCAGAGCAAGAGGGGCAUCCUCACGCUCAAGUACCCCAUCGAGCACGGCAUCAUCACCAACUGGGAUGACAUGGAGAAGAUCUGGCACCACUCCUUCUACAAUGAACUACGUGUGGCCCCUGAGGAGCACCCCACACUGCUGACCGAGGCACCCCUCAACCCCAAGGCCAACCGUGAGAAGAUGACCCAGAUCAUGUUCGAGACCUUUAAUGUCCCUGCCAUGUAUGUUGCCAUCCAAGCUGUGCUUUCCCUCUAUGCAUCUGGCCGCACAACUGGCAUCGUCCUUGAUUCUGGGGAUGGAGUCACCCACAAUGUGCCCAUCUAUGAGGGCUAUGCUCUGCCCCAUGCCAUUAUGCGUCUCGACUUGGCUGGCCGUGACCUCACCGACUACCUCAUGAAGAUCCUCACUGAGCGGGGCUACUCCUUCGUCACCACCGCCGAGCGGGAAAUUGUGCGCGACAUCAAGGAGAAGCUCUGCUAUGUGGCCCUGGACUUCGAGAAUGAAAUGGCCACAGCUGCCUCCUCCUCCUCACUGGAGAAGAGCUAUGAGCUCCCUGACGGGCAGGUCAUCACCAUCGGGAACGAGCGCUUCCGCUGCCCUGAGACCCUCUUCCAGCCCUCCUUCAUUGGCAUGGAGUCCGCUGGCAUCCAUGAGACCACCUACAACUCCAUCAUGAAGUGUGACAUUGACAUCCGCAAGGACCUGUAUGCCAACAACGUCCUGUCUGGUGGCACUACCAUGUACCCUGGCAUCGCUGACCGCAUGCAGAAGGAAAUCACAGCACUGGCCCCUAGCACCAUGAAGAUCAAAAUCAUCGCCCCACCGGAGCGGAAGUACUCGGUGUGGAUUGGCGGCUCCAUCCUGGCGUCCCUCUCCACCUUUCAGCAGAUGUGGAUCAGCAAACCCGAGUACGACGAGGCCGGGCCCUCCAUUGUCCACAGAAAAUGCUUUUAAGCACCCCCUGCCCGGUGCCUGGGCUGGGGCGCCCUGCUCCUCCUCUGCCCCCGCUGCUCCUCCCUGCCGCCCACUGCGCAAUAAAACCUUUUCUCCAG